UUCACGAUUGAUUCGUCCUGCGCGCCGUAUACGUAAUGCUGAAACUAGAUACAGUGGCUCCCAAUCAAUGCUCUGUCCCGAGUUUCGCGGGAGGAUUCGAAACUUGCUUUUGGUGUUGGUGGGUUGGGUUGGUACGACAGGGCCUAAUCGAUAAGAGAGCGGUAUUUUUUUUUGCUUCUUCACCGCUAGAGGGCGGGGCAGCGACCUCCACAUCCUUUCUGUCCUCUUAAGCUUCACUCUGCCCUUCGUGAAGCUGCAACUUGCAGCUGUCUGUCUCACUGCUUCCGCGGGAUAUCGUACGAUCGAGCAACGAGGGGUGAACUCAAGUCAGAAAGUCAAAUUGGUUAUUAAGGGAAGAGAAAGUAAGCAAAGAUGUCGUUCAAGAAUCGCCAGUUCUCGAUGAAUCGAUCUACGGGAUCCCCGAGGUUGUCGACGAAGAUUCAGAGGAGGUUUAGUACGCAUAAUCCGGAUGCUAAUGAAACCAACUCGAAGAUUCACCGUCAAUUCCGCAAUGCUCACGAAGGUCACAAGUCCCAUGCUGGACUAGAUCCUACUCGAGCCUCCACCGGUGUCAUCUGGUGUACCGAACGAGCAUACGAACAUGGCUUCCUCGAGAAUCCCGAAGAGUGGGCCAACUUGGGCCAAGGUGCUCCCGAAGUCGACGACGAAAUCGAGGGCUCUUUCCAUCGUCCAACCGAAAUUGACAUCACAAUGGCAGGCAGAGAAUAUGGUCCUACUGCAGGUAUCAAGGGUCUCCGAGCUGCUGUAGCCAACCUCUACAACGUCCACCACAGAGCCGGCAAAGCUAGCCAGUACUCGUGGGAGAAUGUCUGUAUCGUUCCUGGUGGACGCGCAGGUCUGAUCCGAAUUGCGGCUGUGUUGAACAAUGCAUAUCUGGGAUUCUUCAUUCCGGAUUACACGGCGUACAAUGAGAUGUUGUCGUUGUUCAAGAACUUCGCUGCUAUCCCUUCUCCCUUGUCCGAAGAGGAUGGUUACCACAUCCACCCUGACAAGAUUGCUGAGGAGAUCGCAAGAGGUACUAGUGUCAUCUUGACUUCCAACCCUCGCAAUCCGACCGGAAAAGUCGUGAAGAACCCGGAGUUGGCUGAGAUUCAGAACCUAUGCCGUGACAGAGCUACGUUGAUCAUGGAUGAGUUCUAUGGUGGGUACAAUUAUACUAGCAACUGUGAUGGCACCACCAUCUCUUCUGCCGAGAACAUUGAGGAUGUUGAUGAGGACGAUGUCUUGAUCAUUGAUGGUCUCACCAAGCGCUUCAGACUUCCUGGCUGGAGAAUUGCGUGGAUUAUCGGUCCCAAGGAAUUUAUCAAGGCUAUCGGUUCUUGUGGUUCUUACCUCGAUGGAGGUGCCAACGUGCCCUUCCAAGAAGCUGCUAUCCCUAUGCUCGAGCCUAACAAAGUUCUCAAGGAGAUGCAAGCCAUUCAACGUCACUUCAAGGACAAGCGCGACUACGUCGUAAAGCGUCUCCGCGACAUGGGUUUCCACAUCAAGACCGUCCCCGACUCUACCUUCUACCUGUGGCUCGACCUCGAAGGCCUCCCAGAAGCGAUUGCCGACGGUCUCAACUUCUUCCAAGCCUGCCUCGAGGAAAAGGUCAUCGUGGUACCCGGAAUCUUCUUCGAUCUCAACCCCAGCAAGAGAAGAGACCUCUUCGAUUCCCCCUGCCACCACUUCGUCCGUUUCUCCUACGGCCCCAAGAUGGAGACGCUGAAGAUGGGACUCGAUGGUAUCGAGCGGGUGGUGAACAAGUUCAAGAAGGAUGGUAAGUUGAUGAAGAGCGACGAUGACACGGUCGCGGAAGAGGCGGUGGAGUAGGCUGGAUAGGCUCGUCCUUGAUGCUGGUUCCCAUUUUGCCGUGCCCCCUUCUUCUUUAUCCCAUGUUGCCCUCCCCUUAUUUUUACUUGCUUUGCUAUGCGUUGCUUUUCUUCUUCCUGUGAAGUAGUGUGUGUGCUAAGCGGAUGAACAGCAGAAUGAAUAAACAAACCACCCCUCUCUACCUCAUUUCUUAACUUUCCUUGGUUCGAGAACCUUUGAGAGACAGAUUUACCGAUUCUUACCUUCUUUUUUGGGGAGCAAAUGGGAUAUUUUAGAAGGGGAUAUGGGGACUGGAUCGGCAAGGGGCGGGGCUUUUCUGGUCGGGGAUUCCAAGGUCUCGUUUAGAGCUCUGGGUAGAAAAGUUGAAAUAUACACAAGAUUAGCGUUGCUUACAACUCGAGACUUCCUUCAUCUGAUGUUUAUUUCAUACACCUGUGAGAAGUGCCUCGUUUUCGUUUUUGGUAGCUUUAAUUAUAGCAUAACUUC